AUGGCGCGAGAAAGAGACGGGGACAGCACAUCUGCAGCACCCGAUGGCCAAUCAAAGCAUCGCGACCCCGACGCCCACAGCGACGUCUCUCACCAACAGCGCCAGAAGCCGCAGCAUCAAAAGCACCACCACGUCGCCGGCCGACUCCAUGCCCGUGUCCCCUCCGCCAAGGUCCUGCACACAAAGUCGCACCAGCAUGGUCAGGCCGCGCCCAGACUGACUAGGCGCACAACCUCUCCCGGCGAUCGCGAGGCCAAUCGUCGCCCAAAUUCUCACCGUCGCGUCAAUAGCGAAGCCAAGCUGUCGCGCGAGAGCUCCUCCGGCAAUUUCCCCAAAAGCGCAUCCCAGUCCAGCCUCAAGCGCAACCGAUCCAGCAUCGAAGUGUCUAAGCGCAUCCGCUCUUCCGACAAGCUACCUAGCAAUCCCAGCAGCUUUGCCGUCAAUAAGCACAAGCCCAACAAAUCCCAGGUGACUUUUAACAUUGGCGUGGACGAUCCCGAGGACGAAUGGGUUGACGCAAGCGGUUCCAAUUCGCCGCACAUGUCACGAAAGGGUUCAAUUCUCAACAGUGGACAAUCAUCACUACAGCGCAAUCCUGCGUCCAAUAGUAAUUCUAGACCACAGACGCCCAAUCAGCCUACGCAGCCGUCCGCGAAUACUUCGCCUUCCGAGCAGGAGCGUUUGCGCCACAAAGAGUAUCUUACAUCUCGCGUGUUGAAGCGCACUAUGUCGCACGGCGCAACCACGCAGAUGGCUACCCAAAUAGCGCAGGCGAGUCUCCCACGCCACUCUCCGGAAUCUAAUGGUCCCAACGGGUCUCUUUCGACAUCUGGCAACCAUGACGAGCUGAUAUCGAGAUUCGUCGAGACCCCUGGAUCUGGCAUCGCCAGUGAAGGCUCAUUUUAUAACCCUUCCGUCAGCUCAAGGCAGCUACCACCAGUCUCUCCUCGCGUGCAGUCGUUUUCGAGCCUAUCACAAAACGGCUCAAGGCAACUCAUCUCCGACAUUGAUGACAGCGCGCUUAUCCCGAAAGCUCCGCGACGCACUACUGCCCCUAGAGCAGAAACAUCCCGUACACAACAGAAGCUAAACCUGCAGCGCCAAAGCUCCGCGCUCGAACCCAGCCAAGCUGUCGGUGCCGUUGGGGGCGUUGCCGGACCUUUGAUUGGUAUAACUGGCUCAGGUUACGAUGGUGGUAGUAGUCGUGACCCACGAGUCAACAGACUUAUGGAAAGGGCGGGCAUGGAAUACCUCGUGGUGCGGAGAUGUCAGAACCCUGUUGCCCGCUCUCUCAAUCGUCUCGGUCGCUUGCCCGACCUCGAAAAGAGUAAGCGCAUCCCUCGUCCUAGCACACCUCUCGUCAACGGCAAAAGAACCACAGCUGAAGCACCGGCCCGGCAUUUGCGCAACGUAAGUAUGCCAGAUUCAAGACAAGCCGCAACCGCAAGAAGGGUGGUCACUAUCCGGAGUAGCGGUGCUGGCUCCAGCUUCGAGGGUGACGAGACGGGGCGAUUGAGCGAAAGAAUAAGCGGCUCCAGCGCUACAGAGGAGACUGAUGAUACUGCCACGUUGCUGAGAAAUUUGUGGGAGAAGUCGAUGGAGCUCAGCGCAAGCACCGACUAG